AAGAUGCAACCUGCUAUGAUGAUGUUCUCCAGCAAAUACUGGGCUCGCCGAGGACUAUCUUUGGAUUCAGCAAUGUUUGACCAGCAACACCUUGGAGCCUCCAUGCUCCGUGGGACAUCCUUUAAUCGGAUAGACGAAAAACCUGACAAAGAGGAACAUAAAUCCACUCAUGACCUUGGGAAACUAUCAGUGAUUUUCUCUCUGAAGAAUGAAGUGGGCUGUCUGGUGAAAGCCUUGAGGCUCUUUCAGGAAAAGCAUGUGAAUUUGGCCCACAUUGAGUCUCGUCGAUCCAAGAAAGUUACCAAUGAGGUGGAGAUAUAUGCAGAGUGCAAUUGCACAAAGAAGGAGUUUAAUGAGGUGGUGCAGUACCUGAAAGAUCAUGUCAACGUUGUCUCGUAUAACACGCCUCAACAUGUGUGGUCGGAAGAGACUGAAGGAAUACCCUGGUUUCCCCAGAAGAUCUCUGAGCUGGACCAAUGCUCUCAUAGAGUGCUAAUGUAUGGUUCUGAACUGGAUGCUGACCAUCCGGGAUUUAAAGACAAGGUGUAUCGGCAGAGAAGGAAGUACUUUGUGGAGGUUGCAAUGAACUACAAAUUUGGGCAGCCAAUCCCACGGAUAGAGUACACACCAGAGGAGGUAAAGACUUGGGGAGUGGUUUUUAGAGAGCUGACAAAACUUUAUCCAACCCAUGCCUGCUUCGAGUAUUUGAAAAACCUCCCUCUUCUCACAAAGCAUUGCGGGUACAGAGAGGACAACAUCCCACAGCUGGAAGAUGUAUCUCUAUUCUUACGAGAGAGGUCUGGAUUUACCGUACGACCUGUAGCGGGGUAUCUUUCACCACGAGACUUCCUAGCUGGUCUGGCGUAUCGAGUGUUUAAUUGCACUCAGUAUAUACGUCAUAGCACAGACCCGCUCUACACACCAGAACCUGACACCUGCCAUGAACUACUGGGUCAUGUACCACUCCUGGCAGAUCCCAAGUUUGCUCAGUUUUCACAGGAAAUUGGCCUUGCCUCUCUUGGUGCUUCAGAUGAGGACGUGCAUAAGCUGGCAACAUGCUAUUUCUUCACAAUUGAGUUUGGCCUGUGCAAACAGGAUGGUCAGUUGAGAGCCUAUGGAGCAGGUCUAUUGUCUUCUAUUGGAGAAUUAAGGCAUGCACUAUCUGACAAAGCAACUGUUAAGAUGUUUGAUCCCAGAACCACAUGCUACCAGGAGUGCCUCAUUACAACAUUUCAAGAUGUUUAUUUUGUCUCUGAGAGUUUUGAAGAGGCAAAAGAGAAAAUGAGGGAAUUUGCUAAAACAAUAAAGAGGCCUUUUUCUGUCUACUACAACCCGUACACUCAGAGCAUUGAUUUACUGAAGGAUACCAGGAGUAUUGAGAAUGUGGUGCAUGAUCUACGCAGUGACCUAACCACUGUCUGUGACGCCCUGGGAAAAAUGAACACGUACCUUGGGAUCUAGAGCCAAAGCUAACAAUGAUUACAUGGCUUAAUUGCAGAUGAAUUAUGAAUGCAAAUGCAACUUUGUGUUUUACUUUAGAAAUAUAUUUUAAUUAAAAUUACAUAAACUAAAUACUGUAACUGUUGCAACCUGUAUCAUUUCAAUAUGAAGUUAAUUAGUGUUGCCUUGUUAUCAGGAUGUACACUAAUUAAAGGCGUUAACAUGGCACAGUCCUGAAAUACUGCAACCAUAUUCAUUAUAAUACAUACAUAAUCAACAUUAUAGUGUAAUAAAACAAAAUGUGACUAACACAUUUUUUACCAGGACACCAAGGAAAACAAGAUUUAACUUUA